AUGGCAAUGGCUAUAAGUGCCGGUGAAUUAAUCGCUGAUCAAAACGUCAAGAUAUGGAAAAUUAAGAAACUUAUUAAAAGUCUAGAGUCGGCCCGAGGUAACGGAACUUCAAUGAUAUCACUGAUAAUACCGACUAAUGGUCAGAUAUCUCGGGUGUCGAGGAUGUUAGUGGACGAGUCGGGAACGGCCGCCAACAUCAAGAGUCGCGUGAAUCGGCUGUCCGUCCAGUCGGCGAUCAUUUCGGUUCAGCACCGGCUGAAGCUAUACAGUCGAGUGCCGGCCAAUGGACUCGUUAUAUACUGCGGAACAGUCAUCACCGAUGAGGGGAAGGAGAAGAAAGUGAACAUCGAUUUCGAGCCCUUUAAGCCCAUCAAUCGAUCCCUUUAUCUCUGCGACAAUCGCUUCCACACCGAAAAACUAUCGGAACUUUUGGUCGAAGAAAACAGAUUUGGAUUUAUUGUUGUCGACGGAAACGGAGCUCUUUUCGGCAUUUUGGAGGGCAAUAGCCGUCAAGUGAUCCGCAAGUUUGCCGUCGAUUUGCCCAAAAAACACGGACAGGACGCGGCGGUCAGUCGGCGCUGCGCUUCGCACGUCUUCGGCUCGAGAAGAGACACAAUUACGUCCGCAAAGUGGCGGAAGAGGCGACACAACUGUUUAUCACUGAAAAUAAGCCCAAUGUCUCAUGACUCGUAUUGGCUGGAAGUGCGGACUUUAAGACCGAACUCAACCAAUCGGAGCUCUUUGAUAAGACUUCGGGCAAAAGUGGUAAAACUAGUGGACGUGUCGUACGGAGGAGAGAGUGGUUUCAAUGAAGCCAUCAAUUUAUGCGGUGAAGUGUUGUCUGGCGUUAAGUUCAUCGAAGAGAAGAAACUAAUGGAUCGAUAUUUCAAUGAGAUAUCUCAAGACACCGGCAAAUACUGCUUCGGUGUUGAGAACACAUUCACAGCGCUGGAGAUGAGCGCCGUUGAGGUACUCAUCGUUUGGGAAAACCUCGAUAUUAUUAGACAUGAGCUCAAGAAUCCCAACACCGAUGAGCGGAGGGUUCUUCACGUGACUCCCCGUCAGGAAAAGGAUCGCAAAUUAUUCGCAGAUAACGAGACGGGCGUUGAGUGGGAACAAUUGGAAUCGAUGUCUUUACUCGAAUGGUUGGCAAACAAUUACACAAAGUUUGGCGCAAUUUUGGAGAUUGUAAGCGACAGUUCUCAAGAGGGCUCACAGUUUGUCAAAGGCUUUGGUGGUAUCGGAGCUAUUCUUAGAUAUGAAGCUAGUAUCGGGUACAUAGUGUUCACUGGCGAUGGCAUUGGUUUGCAUAAUGUAUUGCCAAAUGAUAGCGACUCGAGUGGUCAACGCCUUAUUACAAUCAGAUAUAAGGAUCUCCAAUAUCCGAGCGAACAGUUUAUAAUCAUUGAAUUGAAUGAAACCAUUAAUAAGACAUUUAGCCGACAAUUGUAUGAGAACUGCUGUGAAGAUAACGAUUCGUUUGAUUUCCGUGAGAUUGACGUAACGACUGGACAACUGUUGCAAAUGCGGGCUAAGAAUACGAGCGAUCCUUUUAAGGGAACUAUUGAUGAAUUUCUGUAUUCAUUCACUUAAAUAUUUAUUCAUAUUUUUCACCAUUCAUUUUGUAUUCAAC